AUGCCGAACACGCCGCCACCAGCUCUACUUCCACCUCCGGAGGGCAUAUUUCGAUCCUUCGACGAUCUCAUGGCUUCUGUUCAAAGGGUCGCCAAAGAUCAGGGAUACGGAAUUGUAAAGCUUCGCGCAUCUAAUUAUCGAGAUGGAAAACCAACGCGUUAUGAUCUUGUUUGUGAUCGUGGAGGAGUCAAGUACAACAGCACCGCCAAGAAGCGCAAUCCAUCGACACGCAAAAUCGACUGCCCAUUUCGUGCCAAGGCCGUGUGCGAAGUCCAACUAGGAAAUCAAUGGAGGUUCGCUUUGCAGGAGCCUCGUCACAAUCACGAACCUCGAGUUCCCUCGGGAACGCCUGGCCAGGAAAAUGCGCCAUUAGCGACAACCAUUCGGUCAUUCACCAACAAGCUGGAUCGGCUGAGCCAUGAUAUGGCCCAAGGAUUUAUGCGUAUUGAGCAACGAUUGGAAAACAUCGAGAAGCGGAUGGAGAACCUGGAGGCUCGGGCUGGGGGGUAUGAGCCUCGGUUCCAAACAAUUGAGUCUAGGCUCCAAAACAUGGAAGGGCCGCGCAUGGAUGGCAUGGGAAUGGAUGACGUUGAAUCGCGCCUUUUGGCCUCUACGGUCAUGUAG